UUGCUUCCUGAAAGGCAGCUCCCCGCAGGCGGCUGGAGGGGAGAGGAAUGAGGCCAACUGGAGCAUAUGUCCUGGCUGCCGCUGUACUCCUGGUCAUUCAGGCCUCAGAGGCCAUUCUCCCUGUAGCCUCCAACUGUUGCACAGAAGUGUCCCAUCAGAUUUCUAGAAGACUUUUAGCAAAAGUGAAAAGAUGUCACAUUCAAAGAGCUGAUGGAGUUUGUGAUCUACCAGCUGUCAUCCUCCAUGUCCACCAUCGAAAAUUCUGUGUCAGCCCACAAAACCACACUCUUAAGACAUGGAUGAAAAUGCAAAGGAACAAGAAAAAUGCAAAAGGAAAUAUCUGUAAUAGGAAGAAACACCCCCACAAGAAGAAGAGAAAGAGCGAAGCGACAAAGCAAAGACAUCUUCAUAAACAUGGACAGAAAACUCCUUAUUAGCAAAUGAGUCUACAAAGGGCUUGCUUCCCUGCAAUGAACCUGGCAAGUGACUGGUUAUAUGGAUUUAUCAUAAGUUAGACAGAGCCAAAUGCUUAUUAUUAGAAACUAACAGCUCCCAAGGAAAAAAAACAGUAGGCAAAUGUUUUCUGCAAUAUACUAAGUAGCUAAUAAUAACGUCAGAUAGGAAAAUACAACAUAAAAAAAAAGAUGUUAUGUAUCUUAGCAGAGGCCAUUUUUUAAUGGGGAAAUUGAUGCCAGAUUAUCAAUCAAAAAAAAAAAAUCCAGACCAACUCUCUCCUGUGAUUUCACUCUUUCCACAAGGCCAGAUUCAAAGAUUUUAAUCUUUAACCUGGGUCCCCUGCAUGUCAUUAACUUGUUCCCACACUUUACAAGCCCAUUCCUUUCUUAGCAAUAGAGACUUAAGUUGAUGUAACAAUCUGACUUUUUAAGCAUCAGAGAACAGGAACCAGUCAGCCCUUUAUUCAGUGCAGCACUAUCUAUUGAUGUUGCUGCAGGGCUGAUUUGGGCUUGAAAUCAGGGCCACUGUAGGGACCUAGAGCCAAUCAUUAGCAAAAAUACCCUGAGAGCAGCUCUUGCAUUAUAAUGGAAAGUACCAAAGCAAAGGGUGUGGAGAAAGUGGGAGAGACCUUGUUUUGGUUGCAGCAUAAAGCAUAAAAGGAGUCUCUGGAAUUUUUUGUUCAGGAGCCCAGAAUUCAAAUUUAUUUCUGCUAGAGCUGAUAAUUGUAUUUUUAGUUUUAAUAAUAAUUAUUUGGAAAACCUUAAAAAACCUUAAAAGAUACAUAAUUUGUACAAAUAUUGGCAAUGAAAUUAUAGAGAGAUUGAACAAACCCAAUGCUGAUUUCUCUAAGAUUUGUACAUGAGUGUGUGGGGGCAGAAUUUAAUUCUAGGUAGUGGAUCGAAUUAGAUAGUCUUCAUAGGUAAGCCUCCCAUUUGCAAACCUACAACUUAUCUUUGUUUCAUUUUAACCGACCAUCUUGGAAAGAACUAUGUUAGACUAUAAGGUUAACAAUGUGCUUCCCUCACAAUAAAUAAAAGUGGUGUAAACACUAUUAUCUUUUAAGUUGAAAUUCAGGAAAUUGAGUUGCCUAGCCCACAGUCACAGGAGCUCAAAAGUGGCAUUCAAAUCCAAGUGCUUUCUAUCUCGCGGUCCAGUGCUAUCUUGCAAUGUGUUUGUCUCUGCUCAAACCUGUCAUUUUAGCAUGAAAAUAGAGCUAAUACAGAAGGAACACCAUCACGAAGUGUUCCUUUCCUCUCUACUACUAACAGCACAGCAGUCAUCACAUUUUAUGAGACUGGUUUUUCUGCCUCUAGUUUCUUCACCUCUCUGAUCUGUUCAGCAACACAUGCUAUCAAAAUUAUCUUCCUAAGGUAGGGGUCUGAACUACCCCCCAAAACCUAAAGCAGCUUUGUAUUACCUCUCAGGUAAACUAUAAAUUUUUCAUUAUUUAAGAUUCACUCAUUACGUAAGACUCACCACAAUCUGUCUCCAACCUACCUUUCCAGGCUUUAUUUUAUAUCAUUUCUCUCCACAUGGUUUAUGUUCUAACCAAAUUAGCCUCCUACCUGUUUGCCAAAAUCAAGAUUCUCUUUAGUAUGACCCUGUAACCAUAAUGAAUUAUCUCCUCUUUACUUGUCUUUCCUUGUUUCCUUUCAAAACUCAGGUCAAGGUGCCCUCUCCUCUAUGAAACCUUCCUUCCUACGAUCAGUUGUUAGCGUCUUCUUACACUUUUGGUAUUUAUUUACUUGUUGGUGUACAUGUUGUUGCCUUUCAAUAGACUGUAAGCUUCUUGAGGCUAGAGA